ACUCAGGAAGAUGAACCCUCCCUCGAAAACGCUGAAGCUGCUCCAGAGAGUCCGCCUGGAAUGAAGACAGAGGCCCAGGCUUCAGAAUCUUACCCAACAAAAGCCUCAUCUACUGAGUUAAAUCUUUCUGAGAGUGCCCCAGGAAGCCAAACUUGGGAAGACAAGGGCAUAGCAACCUGGUCUCUGACGGCCUGGGUUUCAGAGGCCCAGGCUUCAGAGACCCAGGCUGCGAAGGCUCAGGCCUGGGAGAUUCACGCUUCUGAGGCUCAGAGCAGGGCCAGCCAACCCAGGCAAACCUCUGUAUUGCCAGUGGCAGCUGCCCCAGCCCUGAAAUGGAAACUCUUACCUGAGAACGUGCAAGUGUCAGAGAAGGAAACGAGUAAGGCCCUCUUCACCCGUCCACUCUGGUCCAACAAAGUUGAGUAUAUGCUGGCCCAGGUGGGCUACUCCAUGAGGGCAGGCAGUCUCUGGCGUUUUAGCUUCCUGUGGCUUCGCAACGGAGGUUGCAGUUUUCUCAUCAUCUACACUGUCAUGAUGUUCUUGAUCGGGAUUCCUCUCCUCUUCCUGGAGAUGGCAGCUGGUCAGAGGAUGCGUCAGGGCAGCGUUGGUGUGUGGAAGCUCAUUGGCCCCUGGAUUGGUGGUGUGGGGUAUACCAGCUUCAUGGUGUGCUUCAUCACCGGCUCGUACUUGAAUGUGGUCAAUGCCUGGACCCUCUUCUAUUUGGGCCAAUCCUUCCAGUUUCCCCUUCCAUGGGAGAAAUGUCCCUUACUGAAGAACUCCAGUGACUUUGAUCCUGAAUGUGCACGGACGACACCCUCCACGUACUUCUGGUACCGGCUGACCUUGAAGGCCUCAGACAGAAUUGAGGAUGGUGGGCCACCAGUCUUCAGCCUGAGCCUGCCCUUGUUGGUGGCCUGGUGUCUUAUUGGUGCUUGCAUGAUCAAAGGGCUCAAGUCCACUGGGAAGGUAAUGUAUGUCUUGGUACCAGUCCCCUAUUUCAUCGUCCUCUGUUUUCUUAUCCGGAGUCUACUGCUGGAAGGGGCGGUAUUUGGCCUUCAAUAUUUGGCAUUUGCCAAGGUAUCGGCUAUGUACAACAUGAAUGUGUGGUGCCAAGCAGGGAUCCUAGUCUUGUUUGCCUUGGGCCUAGGCUUUGGCCCCAUUGUCUCCUUAUCCUCGCACAUGCACGCAUCCAACAACUGUCUCAAUGAUGCCUUUGUUGUGGCUCUGAUCAACCUGGUCACCAUGCUGCUUUUCACAAUUUUUGUCUUCUCUGUCCUGGGCUUCUGGGCGACAGUCAUCACGCACCGCUGCAGUGAGAAGAAUGCUGAAACACUUAUGAAGCUGGUAACCCUGGGGAAACUGCCUCCUGAGGCCCAGCCCCCUCCAAAUCUGCUUGAUAACCCGACCUCCAUCUUCACCUCCUGGCUCAACAGCCUUCCCCAGCCCAUCAAGAGCAUGGUCCUCAGCCACGUGCCUGAGUGCAACUUAGAGAAGCAGUUUUUGAAGGUUAAGGAGGCCCCAGGCUUUGCAUUCUUGGCCUUCAUUGAAAGCAUGUCCUUCAUUCCUGGGUCUGUCUUCUGGUCUAUCCUCUCCUUCCUGAUGUUGCUGACCAUUGGGCUGAGCACCAUGAUAGGGAUCAUGCAGGGUAUCAUUACCCCUCUCCAGGACACCUUUUCUUGUUUCAGGAAAUAUACAAAGCUGCUUACAGUGAUUGUCUUUGUGCUCAUGUUCCUGUGCGGCCUCUUCUUCAUUCGACCUCCAGGCAUCUACUGCUUCACACUGCUGGUUCAAUACUGGACAGUCCUCCCCAUCAUCAUCAUCGUCAUAUUUGAAAACAUGGCUGUGGCCUGGGCCUAUGGGGCCAGGAGUUUCCUUGCAGACUUGGCGACCCUGUGGGACCACCCCAUCUCCCCCAUCAUUCGAUGGCUGUGGUGCUGUCUGUCUCCAGUUAUACUGCUAGUCCUGUUGGUGACCACUGUGAUUCAUCUAUCUCUGAAGACUGUCACCUACGUGGCCUGGAACUCAAGCACUGUGAGCCUUCCUCCCCAGACCCCAGACCUUCUUAGGGAGUGGGGGCCAGAUCUUUCAAUCCACUCUUGGCCUAAAGACCCUAUCAUCCCAUUCUCUGACUCCCUGAGGUUAUUCUCUGCCCUGGUUCCCCUCCCACCCUUCUCUUCCAUAUCCUCCCUCUCUUGGGAACUCUGAUGUUCUGAACCGUUUUCCCAUCUCUCCACAGUCAAAAGAGGUGCUUCGACAAUACCCAUCAUGGGUGCUGCUCGCGAUGAUUGCCCUUUUUAUCAUCGUUAUCCUCCCCAUCCCCACAUACUUUGUAUACUGCCUCACCCAUAGGAUUCCCUUCAAAGCCAUGAGCUGGGCCAGGCCUUUGAUAUCCUCCAAAUCCCUACCCCUAAGU